AUGUCUCUCACGUACAGGCAGUCGACUCUGAUCAGGGGCUCCUUGCCUAUGCUCCGGGCGCAGGGCGAAACCAUCACAUCCAGCUUCUACGCCUCGCUGCUGCGCGCCCACCCCGAACUCCACAACAUCUUCAACUCGGCGAACCAGGCCACCGGUCGCCAGCCUCGCGCUCUUCUCAACAUCAUCCUUGCCUUUGCCGCGGCGCCAAACCACACGGCCGAGCUCAUCCCCCGACUGGAACGCGUGUGUCAGAAACACUGCUCGCUGGGCAUCACGCCUGACCAGUACGACCUCCUCGGCAAGUAUCUCCUACGGUCCUUUGGCGAGAUCCUUGGGGAUCGAUACACGGCCGAGCUGCGAGAGGCGUGGGAGAAGGCCUACUCGCUCCUCGCGCGCAUGCUCAUCGGGCGCGAGGUGCAGCUCUACCGUCAAUUCGGCAAGUGGGCGGGCCAGCGCAUCUUUCGCAUUGAGGACAAGGUGGCUGAGGUAGACGACAUUUACUCCUUCUACCUGUGGCCCGUGGACAAGACGCCCCUCCCUCUCUUCACGCCGGGCCAGUACGUCAGCGUGCGGGUCGACGUCCCCCAGAUCGGAUACCUCCAGAGCAGGCAGUACUCCCUCUCCGAGGCGCCCAACGAGGAAUACUACCGGAUCAGCGUCAAGAGAGACCGGGGCGUGCCGAGCGGCGCCAACGGGAGGAGCGUUGAUGCUGCCCAUCUCAAACCCGGCUUGGUAUCGAACCUCCUGAUCAACGACUACAACAUCGGCGACACGCUGUCGGUGUCCCAUCCAGCCGGCGGGUUUGGCUUCGACUCUAGCACAGCCGGUGGCAUGGGCCCCCUGGUAUUUCUGUCCGCCGGCGUGGGCGCGACGCCACUGAUGAGUAUACUCAACUCUGUCCUCGAGUCGCCGGACGUGCAGCAGCAGAUCUCAUGGAUUCACUGCUCGCGGAGGAAACCGCUUUUUGAGGACCAUAUACGCACGGUGGGGAGGCGACACAAGAACUUCCACUCGCGGUUCUGGCGGAGCAUGCUGGCUGAGCAGGAGCAGCGAGAAACGCACAAUCCUGAGCGGGACGGCGUCUUUGAGAGUGUGCGGACGGAGCUGGAGAGGGUGGAGAGGAGUGUCCUGGGCCUGGACCACGGCGCGGCCGAGUAUUUUAUCUGCGGUCCUGAUGCUUUCGCGGCCAGUGUCCGGAACUUCCUGCUCGAGCAAGGCGUCGGAGAGUUGAGGAUACGGUGCGAGUGGUUUUCUACAGGCGAGCUGGAGGCCAGCUAG